UUAAUUUAAGGUAGACCUCAACUGCCAAUACUAAGAGUCAGACAAAAAUCACCAAGAUGAACAAGUUCUGGGUGGCUAUUGUGAUUACGGUGGGUUGUUUAGUACACAGCUCAUUGCAAAGCUCCUCAUCAUCGUCGUCGUCAUCAUCGUCGUCGUCUUCCAGUGAAUCUAAUGAAAAUGGCCGGCCUCCAUGGGUGUCAACAGGGCGUCCUCCGUGGGUCUCAACCGGCCGACCCCCCAUUAACCGCAAUCGAUGUGAUGAGGUGCCAGAAGGUAGUAUCUUCCCUUCGCCGAACUGUGCCAACUUUAUCACCUGUCAGGGAGGCAACGAGCUUGAAGUAGCCUGUGUCCCCGAGGGUACUUUAUUCGACUAUCAGCGUGAAGUCUGUGACCAUCCUGAAUUCGUGACGUGCUAUAGUCAAGAGAACCGCUGCACUGGCCGGGAGAAUGGUACUCUAAUUCCGGCCGAAUCCUGCUCUAACUUCAUUAUUUGCAUGAACGAGUUGGAAAAUGAAGAGGUUACCUGCGCACCGGCUGGAACUCUGUUCGAUUAUCAACGCGAGGUGUGUGACUUUCCCGAAAAUGUAUUGUGCUGGGAGAGCGACAUGUGUGCCGGACGACCAGACGGAUCUCUGGCUCCCUCACGGAACUGCAGCAACUUUUUUAUCUGCGAGGAUGAGUCCAUAUUCGAAGAGCUCACAUGUCAACCCCACGGAACUCACUUUGACUGGGAAAGAGAGGUAUGCGACCAUCCGGAAAAUGUUAAAUGCUGGGAAUCUGGAUCAAACGGCAAUAGUACGGAUAGGCCACCAACUUCUUCAGUUGCACCGACGCGUCCUCCACUAGAUGUCAAUGUGCCCAGCGAUAUAUGUCGUGGAGUUACAGUAGGAAUGAUCGUACAUCCCAGCGAUUGCACACAGUAUGUUAUUUGCGUCUUGGGGCAACCGACAAUCCAACGAUGCCCCGAUAAUUUCAUCUUUAUACCUGAGCUCUCCACCUGUGGCUUUGGAGACCCAAAUACUUGUGUUGCUAGCAGAACUUGGGUUGAAGUUUAUCAGAGAGUAGUUUCGUAUGUCCAUUAAACAUGUUGUCAACGAACCUAAGAACUAAUUAUUGAGGUGCUGAAAUAGUUGAUUGAAUAACCUGCAAAUGCAAUUCAUUGUUGGAUUGUUAACUAUGACAAUUAUAUUCAGACUGCUAGCAACGCUUUCAGCAUUUUCUUAACAAUGAGUGAAAUAAAUAACAAACAGCAUA